CGCACGUUUGUGUAUGUGACGCGUUGAGCGCGUGGAGCCAUAUUAUUCACUCAAUUCGCUGUGUUGAAGGCAUGGACUCCAUUUGUCUUCAUUUUACACUGUUUUAUAUCGUUUUUCUGACUCUUACGAGCCGGUUCGCGAUAGGCGAGGACGCUGUCGACUGUCCUGCAGAUGGACGCACGUGGUUGCCGUUCAGCCUCAACUGUUAUCACUUCGUCCAUGGAGAGGAGGAUGUUGCCAAAAGCUACUCCAUUCAAGAUGCAAAAAACAUGUGCAGAGGCUAUGAUCUCUUGACAGUGAAAAGUGCUGAGGAGAAUGACUUCGUCGUUAAGUACAGUCCUUCUGUAUGGAAAGGUAAAAUGAGCGUCUGGCUUGGAAUGUACUACGACAGCGACGAGGAUGUCUUUAAGUGGCAUGAUGAUAAUGGCGUGUUGCGCUAUAGUAACUGGGAGGACGGUGGCUCUGAUGACACUGAUCUACCGCUCUUGGACACGUGUGUGGUUCUUCACGCCGACACGGGGAAGUGGGAGAACGUCAGCUGCACGAUUGAACCUGAGAAUGGAGUAGUGUGUAAGACGAAGGCAGUCUGGAUAAGCCCACCUCAGGGCAGUCCUCUUCUGGUAGCUCUGGUCAUCAUCAGCGUGGUGCUGAUUCUGGUCAUCUCUACAGUGGUUUGGUUGUUUCGUCAAAGAAGCGACCCAGGCUCGUCCAUCCUGAACCUGAUCGAGUACCAUCUGCCCUUCAGAUCCCCCUCCUCCGAUCAGGCCUGCUUGGUAGAUGCUGAUGAAAUCAAGGAGGUACCUUAGUGUUUUUCAUCCGUGCCCAGGUGAGAAUAAGCAGCAGGCGUUCAUGGGAGUUUCAGUCAUAAAUCAGUUGAAUUCUGUCCUCAUCACAAGACUUUGAAUUGUUUGUUAAUGUUGUGUGUGCCAAAUUCUGUUUCUGUUGUGAGAUUCACAAAAUGGGAAGUUUCGUCAGAUUUCUUCCGUUGUGGUAGGACCAGUAUUUAUUUUCCAAUCAUGUUUGUCACUGCUAGCCCUCUAUAAGCACCAUAAGUUUGUAGAUACAAAUACUUUGUGAUUGCCAAUCGCAGUAUUUUUUUAAUGAUGUUGUAAUUGUUUUUAUGAUUUGAUUUGCCACUAACAAUCAUCUGUAUCUAUAUUGUUAUGAAUUAAUCUAAAUGUGUAAACUUUAAGGCUUUAUUUAUCCACACGUGAGCAACAAGCCAUAGAGAAACUAAUCAAGUGUUGGUCUUUCAAAAUGAAUAAAAUAUUGCCAAACA